AUAUAUAUUCACACAUAUAUAUCCUUCGUAUGCCAUUUCAUUGCUUACCCUCCGCGCAAGCCAAGAGCCCGCACAACACGCGGCACACCGAUUUCUCUCGAUCCUCACCGCACAGGAGCUCAUCGUAAUCAUGUUGACAGUGAGUGUGAAGUGGCAAAAGGAGGUGUUCUCCAAUGUGGAAAUUGACACUUCCCAGCCCCCAUACGUUUUCAAGUGCCAAUUGUAUGACUUAACUGGAGUUCCGCCUGAAAGGCAGAAGAUUAUGGUCAAAGGUGGUUUGUUAAAGGACGAUGCAGAUUGGUCAAAAGUAGGAGUUAAGGAGGGCCAGAAAUUGAUGAUGAUGGGAACUGCAGAUGAGAUUGUGAAGGCCCCAGAAAAGGGCCCACUUUUUGCAGAAGAUUUGCCAGAAGAAGAACAAGUUGUUGAUCUUGGCCAUUCUGCUGGUUUACUAAAUUUGGGAAACACCUGUUAUAUGAACUCCACAGUGCAAUGUCUGCAUUCUGUCCCUGAGUUGAAAUCUGCUCUGAUUAAGUAUCCCCCUCCAGUCAGAAGCAAUGAUGUGGAUUCGCCUUCUCAUUCACUUACUGUUGCAACACGAGAGCUAUUUAAUGACCUGGAUAAAAAUGUCAAGCCAGUGGCACCAAUGCGGUUUUUGACUGCAUUGCGGAGUAAGUAUCCUCAGUUUGCACAGCUUCACAAUGGAAUUUACAUGCAACAGGAUGCUGAAGAAUGCUGGACACAACUUUUGUUCACUCUUUCAUUGUCUCUUAAAUCCCCUAGUUCCAGUGAAGAUUCUGAGGUUGUAAAGAGACUUUUUGGUACCAACCUUGUUAGCAGGGUCUAUUGUGCUGAAAGUGGUGAAGAAAGUACUGAAUCAGAGACAGUUUAUUCGCUCAAAUGCCAUAUAUCACAGGAAGUGAAUCAUCUACAUGAAGGGCUAAAACAUGGUCUUAAAUCAGAAUUGGAGAAGUCUUCUCCUUCUCUGGGACGCACUGCUGUUUACAAAAAAGAUUCUAGCAUAAACGAUUUACCAAGAUACUUGACUGUUCAAUUUGUACGCUUUUUCUGGAAACGAGAAUCAAACCAGAAGGCAAAAAUUCUGCGGAAAGUGGACUAUCCUCUGGAGUUAGAUGUUUAUGAUUUAUGUUCGGAAGAUCUUCGCAAGAGGUUGGAAGCUCCUCGACGGCUCUUAAGGGAUGAAGAAGGCAAGAAGCUUGGCCUGAAACCUAAAGAGAAUACCUCCACUGCAGCAGAUAAUGAUGUCAAGAUGACGGAUGCUGAGGGGCCAUCAAAUGGAAGUGGGGAUUCAACCAAGUCUGCUACUGGGGAAGGUGUUCCGGCUGAGAAAGAAAAGCACCUGACAGGAAUAUACGAUUUGGUUGCUGUUCUCACACACAAGGGCAGAAGUGCUGAUUCUGGACAUUACGUUGCUUGGGUCAAGCAAGAGAAUGGCAAGUGGAUACAAUUUGACGACGACAAACCAAUCCCACAGCGGGAGGAAGACAUCACUAGGCUUUCAGGGGGCGGUGAUUGGCAUAUGGCUUAUAUAAUCAUGUACAAGGCUCGCGAGGUUUCCAUGUAGCCUUGUUUGGUUUGAUUGUAUUAUUCUUAUUAUAAUAUGUGGUUGGUUGGUUCACAUUGAUCUUGACACCACUCCACAGUCGUCCACACACUUCUAUUUAUGAUAACCGUGUGGUUUUCUCAUAUCCAGAGCUUCAUGUCGAUGUCAGUUUUCAUUAGUUGAGUUGUUGUGACUCAGCCACUUUCAUCAAAGUCUGUGUGAAGAAAGACCAGUUAGAAAAUCACUCCAUUUUCCGAUACUAUUUUCGAUUUGGCACCCAUUCUGCUGAUCUUUUUCUUA